CAAACGUCAUAACAUGAGCAGAUGAGGUUAGAACAGCAGCAAUUCGCAAAUAUUAUUUGUAAAUACUAUAAUAACAUUAAUAUAAUAAACGAUGGCACCUUCUGAAGGUAACUUGAAGGAUUUAGAUGAAAAAACUUCAGACAAUAUUGUAAAAUUCGUGUCUGACGUAAGAAGUGGAAAAAUUCAGGGAUCGAAGAACAUUGCCGUGGCAACCGUUGAUCUCCUGGAACAGAUCAUCAGUGAGUCUGAAAGCACAAAUGCACUGUCACUGUGCAAUUUAGUUCGCGCAGUCGGACGUAACAUAGUACAGGCGUUGCCCACAGAGCUGGCAGCCGGCAACAUGGUGCGCCGCGUGCUGAGAGCGAUACGAGAUGAGCAGAGAGCGCACGCGAACCAGAGUGUAGAAGGGGCUGGUGAGUCUCUGCAGCGCCUGGUGCUGGCCGCCCCGAGCCGACGCGCGACGCUUGGGCCUGCUGCCAGGGACUUGAAGGAGCCCAUAAGGGAUCACAUCGCUGAGCUGCGCGCCGAGCUGGACGCCAGCGCGUCGUCGCUGAGCGCGCAGGCCCGCGAGCACGUGCACGCGGACGAGCUGCUGCUCACGUACGGCGCCAGCGCGCUCGUGGAGCGCUUCCUGCGCGCCUCCACCACCAAGCGCUUCCGCCUGCUGCUCGCUGAGGGGCCGGACGUGGCCGAGGUGCCUAGUACACGAGAACACACCGGCGCUGCAAAAAAUAGAAACCACUCCCCGCACCCUCGUGGAAUCUAAGAUGUUAUGUCCCUUGUGCCUAAGGUCAUCUCCACAUGUUGGCUUACAGAACGUGCAAAGUAUUGAUACAUUGCAAUCGAAUGUGGGUCGCACAAAAAGAGUAGCAACAAUUUUUUUCCCAACAAUAAUGAUCUCGGAGCAAAAAGUACAAACGCAGUCAGUAUACCCUGCACGUGCACUUUCCGCCCGCAGAGCCACGCGAUGGCGGCGCGGCUGUCGGCGGCGGGCGUGUCGGUGACGGUGGUGGGGGGGGCGGCCGUGGGUGCGCUCAUGCCCAGGGUCAACAAGGUGGUGGUGGGCGCUGCUGGCACGCUAGCGGGUGGCGCGGCACUGGUGGCAGCCGGUACUCUCGCCGUUACCGCCGCCGCCGCGCAUCACUCCGUCACCGUGAUCGUGCUGUCGCCGCUGUACCUGCUGUCGGCGCUGCACGCGUGCGGCGGCCAGCUGUUCGAGGCGCUGGCGCCGGCGCACCGCGCGCUGCCCUACUCAGGCUUGGAGAGCGCGUAUGUGCGCGUGGAGGCGCCUCUGUACGAUGUGGUACCGCCCGACCACAUCACACUUUUCAUAACCAAUCUCGGAGGCAGUUCUCCCUCCUACAUCUACCGUCUGCUGUCAGAACUCUAUGACCCAAACGACUAUCAAUUUAAAGGUGUUAAGAAGCGGGCGAUACAGCCCGCAGCAGCGGCGCGGAUCGAUACAGUGUGGUAUGGCGCAGCAGGUAUGAGCCAAGGGGGCUCGAGACGGCCCUACUCGCGCGGGGGCCCGCGCUGGCACCCGCGUUACAAGGACUACUGGGAUUACGAACAAAACUACAGCGAUGGCAGCAGCGCUGGCAGCCCGAAGGAGGCGUGCGUGGCGCAGUCGCCGCCGCCCGCGCCCGCUAAGCGCCAUCCCCACCAUCACCACGAGCAGAGACGAUUGAGCGUCGGCGGAGGAGCGGGCGGCUCGCGUCGCGCCGAGCGUCGCACCGCCGGCCCCUCCGAGCGCCGCCGAGCAGAGAUGCGCGUGAGCCCGGGCGCCGGCGCGGGACCCUCCGCCGAGUCGCCUCACCUCCAUCACGCGACACAUCACCACCAUAUGGACACUAAUCCUCUAGAAGGCACCGCCCCCAUCGUAGAGUCAGUGGUGAGCGGCGCCGGCUCCUCGGACGGGGAGCUCUCCAGCAAGCCCGGUGACAGCCCCACGAGGAAGAGGAGGAGGAUCUCUAGGCAUUUAUCCUCUGGCGAGAGCAACGUGUCGGUGGCGGCGCCGCCCGUCGAGAGGCGGACGCCCAGACACCACUACCAGCCCCCUCGUCGCGUCCGCUACUUGAGCGGCAACGGCGCGGGAGUGUGGCACGAGCGCCUGCUGGACCAGCACCCGGGGCACCCGACGCACCAGGCUCACCCUCACCCCGCGCACCCCGCGCACCCUGCGCACCCCGCGCACCCCGCGCACCCCGCGCACCCGGGGCACCUCCCGCACGCGCACGCGCACCACACGCCUCUGCUGCUGGAUAUCAAUCAGAUGUCGCUCCGCGGCGCCCGGCUCAGCGCGCUGGGCGGCGGCGUGGGCUGGCCGCACCACGCGCACGCGCACCACGCGCACCACGCGCACCACCCGCCGCCGCACGCGCACCGCGACCACCCCACGCGGACGCAGAUGGGCGGCGUGUACGCGCACGGGCUGCAGUACCACGGCAGCUUCGCGCCGCCGCCGCCCCCGCGGGGACCCUUCGCGUCUCCGCCUCACCCACACACACACUACAUUGCCAAUUCUCAGCAACGUGCGGAGGGCGGUCGGCUCGAGAUGCUGAGCGGCGACGGCGCGCUGUCGCCGCUGCAGGCCGCGCCCGACCUGCACCACGCGCCGCUGCUGCUCGCCACCGAGGCUCGAGGUACUCCACUGGAGCUGAUGGCGCCGCAUCACGCUCGACAUGCGUUAUCUCAUCAUCAUCACCAGCGGCGCAGUGGCUCCGGUGUCGGCGUGGGCGGGGGAGUGGGAGUGGGCGUGGGUGUGGGCGUGGUGGGCGCGGGCUCGCGCGCGGCGCGGCCGUACGUGCGCGCCGCGCCGCGCUGGGCCGCGCACGCGCACCCGCACGCGCACCCGCACACCGUGCACCACAUACACGCGCAGGGCGGCGGCGGGCUGGUGUCGGCGGCGCUGCCGGCGCAGUUGCACGUGGCGUCGCCGCUGUCGCUGCCGCCGCCACCGCCGACCUAUCAGGUGUUCCUCAACCUGCUGGCCAUGUUCCCGCUGUCGCCGUACGCGGAGGCGCGCGACGAGGCCGGCGACUCGCCCGAGACCGAGAACUACGAGGCGCUGCUGUCGCUGGCGGAGCGCCUCGGCGAGGCCAAGCCGAGGGGCCUCGCGAGGCACGAGAUCGACCUGCUGCCCUCCUACAAGUAUUCCGAGCAGACGCACCAGGGCGAGCAGACGUCGUGCGUGGUGUGCAUGUGCGAGUUCGAGACGCGACAGACGCUGCGCGUGCUGCCGUGCGCGCACGAGUUCCACGCCAAGUGCGUCGACAAGUGGCUGCGGUCAAACCGGACGUGUCCGAUAUGCAGAGGAAAUGCGUCGGAGUAUUUCAAUAAUUCAGAGUGACUCGGGCGAGAUCGUCGUCCUCACGGCGUCGGCGAUAAGCGCGCCGGGCCGGCCCGGACCGGCCUACUGCGUGUGUGCUGACUGGCAUCGCGGAGCAUGCUCUAUGAGAUACAUUCGAAAUGCUAAAAUCAAAUAAUUUCCCCAAAAUCUUCCCGAGCGCGCCGCCACAUUGUCCCGCGCGCUCGCCAGCUGAUUUGGACUCUCCGAGUAACGACAUAGAGGCGAUAAUCCACAAUUUCUCUCAGCCGUGUGAUGUGUGUGAGCUACUUUAGUCUGUAUUUGUAUCGACCUUACGAGCGCAAAUUCCAUAAUUUAGUUUUUAGGGCGAAAUGGAUAAUCGUUGAAUGCGUUGAUAGUUUUAGUUUUUUGUGUAAUUUCAAAGUUACCCGAUGAUGCCCGACGUGGAUACUUAAGCGUGCCCGGCCCGGGUGCGAGGUCUAGGCUUAGGUUAGUGGUCGCGAGCCAGGCUCCGACGGUCGUAUCUUCCUUAGUGAUUUCUUGUUUAUCGUUAACGUGUCGAGCGCCGCCGGUCGUCGUUUACGGAAUCCAUGUUGUAAUAGUUUUGUAUAAAAUCGCUUAUGUAAAAGAUGGCCGACGGCGCGUUAUUGUGAACAGCAUGCAUUUUUAUUGUUUCGCUUUUAACUUCGGAGUUAUUAAGUAUUUCCUUAGCGACGCCUCGUUUAGUCUAACCCGGAGCGUGUCUGUGUUGUGCAGUGUAACUGACGAACCGCGGGAGAGAGACGCAAACGUAUCUUUAACACGAGGGAUUAAAUAGAAAAACGCUUGAAAAUGAUUUAAUAAAAUUCUCUAAAUGAACUGUCGUUGGUGAUUCUCCCGCGUUUAUAAGCAAUAAUUGUCUCAGUGCAAUAAGUGUUCGUAUGUACGUCUGUAUAUCUUAAAUUAAUAGAAACUUGUAAAUAGUUAAAUGGUUUUCGUUGGAGUGAGUUAACGUUGCUGCGUGCUUGAAGGGACCGCUCUCACUUGACCAAACGGUUGAAUUGAAUGUUCUUGAGUGCGCGUGCGUGUGUGCGUGCGCGCGCGCGUGCGUGCGUGCGUGCGUUAGACGGUGUCGGUCGCUCAUCUUUAGUCGUAAUAUCAUCACAUAUAUUUUUUUUAUAUUUUAUUUAAACUAAUUUUUUGAUCAAAGUAAACUAACAAUAUGUUAGAUCGAUAAGGUUCAAAAUCAUUUGCGCGUCGCGCUCGCUCGACUGAGACGCGUCUCGACGCGUCGUCGGCGUCGUCGGAGUAUUCUGCACCUUAACGUUCAACUUACAACGAAUGUUCGCCUUGUUUUUGUAUUGUUGAGUUUUAUUACUAACUGUUUUGAACUUGCACUGUGUUACAGUUACAGUUAUAUUUGCUUUUAUAUAUUCGCGAGGGUCGUGUUUGCGGCACUUGUUGGGCUUUGUUGUAUGGAUGGGCAACGAGAAUUAAUUCUAACAUAUUAAGCGCGGGAAUACAACUCAAAAUAUGCUUUAUUCAAACGCUUGCUACAAUUUUGAAUCGUAAUAUACAAGAUUCAUUAAAAAUAUAGAUAUUAUAAGAAUUAUAAUUGUACUUUAAUAUCAUUUUAACCGACGGGAAGCUCAAUUUACCACAAAUUAAAUUACGUAUAUUAAUUGCUCUUGCAACUCUGGGUGAACUGUCACUUAGCCUAACUUAGUUAUAUGGAUAUCGAAAGUAGAUCCACUGUUCGGUUCGUGAAAACGUCACAGUUAUUAUACUUUCCGUUAAUAAGUAAUUAGCAAAAUUGUCUGGAACUGCAACAUGGUGUGGGUCAGUCGCGGUGUCGGUGUGUGGCUUCCAUUACUUAAGGUUCACGUUAGUUCUAGACUAACUGUUAUGUUUAGUUAUCGCUACUUAGAUAUGGGCGAGGUGGGGCGCGUCGCGCGUCGUGUCGUGUCGCUCGCGUGCAGCUGACUCCCGUUCGUGACUAAUUUCAGACCGGCAAACUUAGAUGUCGCGUUAUAUAACAUUCAUAUAACUUCACGCUUCCGAUUGUAUCUUUGAUAGAUUUCCAGGAUUUCUUAUAACUACUAUACUUAAAAUAGUUACAAGUUAUCGUUUCAAAAAAAAAAAAAUGCAAUAAUUACUCGCGUUCUUGGCUAGUGUUUGUUGAGGAUUGGAAAUAUAUCAUUGUAAAUUCAAUAUCAGUUCCAAAAGUAAUAUUAAAAUACAAAUGUCAGAAUAAUAUUUCCUACGAGUUAAAUAUAUAUCUCGUACUUCUCGCGCGCCGUGCCCGCCUCGCGUCGCAGUGCCAUGUAUGUCUGUCCCGUGUUCGUAAUAGCUCAUCGCUGGUGGUCGCUGCGUGUGUUUGUGUACCCUCUUGCCAUUACCUGAGCUCCGAUACGAACGCGUUUUAACAAAUAUUUUAUAGAACAACUUUAUUUUGUAACUUAUCGUUCCAGAGUGAUGUUUUUGAUACAUGAUAUGAUACCGGUUUUCUAUAAAUGUAGUUUUUGUGCGGCCACCAGUCUGUACUCACGGUUAUGUUAUCGUUGCUACGUGUGUGAGAGCUCUUCCGAUUCUUCUUCAAUCGUUUUAAUAUAAAUAAUCGUCAAAUUCAAAAAUAAUAGUUUUCUUUAGUUUGCAGUAAAUUUAAUUAAUACAACACAUAACUUGAAAGUGUUUGGCUGAGAAAAUGAAGAAAAUUAAUAUUGGUGUCAACUUCCGUUAAAAUACAACUGUCUGUUGUUAAAAAAAAUCUAUGAAAGUUAAAACUGAUCUCUCGAGACGUUUCUUUGUACAUUAUAACUUGAAUGAAGUCGCUCUCACCCCCCAUCCCCGAUUUAACUAUAAGCUUAUUACGUCUAGGUCUGUUUUAGUUUUAUAUCGCAUUUGACAACCCUUGGGGCAUCUUUAGUUACAUGGAGGUUUAUGAAAUAUUAUUGCGUUUGGUUAUUGUUUUUGUAUAAUUUAUCAAGUUCUAAUAGGAACUUCAGCAAAUGACUCUACAUCUAAAAAUAAGGCUAAAAUUCAAUAUGUGGUAACGAAUGAUAAUUCAUGUUACGCGGUUUGAAGAUCGGCUUGCGAAGAUUUGAUCCGAAUUAGCUGAAACAGACGAAGUAACCGCAUUCGUUUCAUAAUUCUAAAUAUAUUUCGUUGUGAUGCUGUCAACGUACAAACAGACGAAAUUUUAUCGAAAUGUUUCCAAAAAGCAUUGGUCUCGUGGCGUCAUGUACCACGCGGAAGGACUCCAAGUGGUGACCACGGUCCCUUUACGUUGAACUCAUCUAUUUUUCUCGUGUUGAUAUUUUAGCGCUGUUUUUUUAGAAUGCAAAUCAAUUAACCUUAGUUUUACAUUUUCUCAUAACAAUGUUUUAUUUUAUUAUUAUUUUUUUGUAUCGUUACUACGUUAGUUCAAUUUCUAUACUUUACUUAAAAUUGUGCCUUAUUGCAAACAUGUUAAGUUUAAUUUCAUUUCACUUAUUUUAAGUUUUAGAUAAUUAGAGGCGAAAUUAUGUAUAAUUAUGGCUUUUUUUUGUUUGUAUAUCUCAUCCGUUACAGACCUGUGUUGAAAUCGUACACAUAUAGAGUUUGAAAUCAUUGGCAGUGGGACGACUGCAUCCGGUCGUCUCCGUCGCACCGCGUCACCUGUGACAGUACGGAUGACCUAUAUGUCUACGUUUGAAAUUAACUGUGAUUUGUAUUUGAAGUUGACAACUUCACUUUCUGUCAUUCGAAGUUGACAGCUGUCAGUAGCUUACACCAGCCAUUUACCAAAGUACUGUGUAACGUAUAUGUAUAGACCGUCCGGGGAGACUUGAUGGUGGCGAGGAUCGAGUCUCGUCGGGCGCGCUGCAUCCGCCUCAUUGUGCUCAGUCGUUUUUAUUUUUAUUAAAUGCACUGCUAAUUUA